GUGCAUCGCACAAUCCCUCUACUGUACGGAAGAAAAUGAAGAACUUAUGUAUUGUCCGUCAAAAAAUAUGUUUUUAAUGGCUAAAAUAGAAAUGACAGCUGAAGGAAGAGCAGAGGAUGAACUUUAACAGGACGGUUUUGGUUACAGGAGGGUCUGGAUUCAUUGGCUCUCAUCUGGUAUGCUCGCUGGUCGCCAGUUACCCAGAAUGGAGGAUUAUUAACUUGGAUAUUUUGGAUUACUGCUGCAGUCCCAGGAGUCUGGAAGGGGUUGAAAACAGAGACAAUUACACUUUCAUUCAGGGAGACGUGUGUAACCCACAGUUGGUGAAUCAAAUUUUCAUCAAUGAAAACAUUGAUGUCAUCUUUCACCUGGCAGCUAAAACUCAUGUUGAGUCCUCAUUCGAGUACCCUUCCGUUUUCCAGCGGAUCAACGUCGACGGAACCAGGGUUCUACUGGAUGCCGCCCAUCGGGCUCGACACCAGCCGCAGCGCUUUGUCUAUGUCAGCACGGAUGAAGUGUACGGAACCAGCCUGGAUGAGGCAUUUGAUGAGGGCAGUCCGCUGAGGCCGACCAAUCCGUACGCUGCUACUAAAGCGGCUGCUGAGUAUUUGGUCAGGUCCUACUGGGACAAGUAUCAGUUUCCAAUCAUUAUCACCAGGAGCAACAACAUCUACGGACCCAGGCAGUUCACAGAGAAGGUGAUUCCCAGGUUUCUCACCUUGCUGCAGCGCAACAACAAAUGCACCAUUCAGGGAACCCUGCCCAUGUCCCGCCACUUCCUGUUCAUCAGCGACGCCGUCCAGGCCUUCCUGCUGGUUCUGGAGAAAGGGACGGUGGGCGACGUCUACAACGUGGGAACAAGCGUCGAGAUUCCCAUCGUCCAGCUGGCGAGGGAACUUGUCAGGAUGGUAAAGAACGUGACCGAAUCUGAAGUGAACGACUGGAUUGAGUUCGUCUCCAGCAGGCCACAGGUCGAUCUUCGUUACCCAAUCAGGAGUGAGAAGCUGCAGCGGCUGGGCUGGAGAGCAGAGACGUCCUGGGCUGAAGGCAUCAGACAAACAGUGAAGUGGUACCAAGACAACCCAGACUUCUGGUUGGACGUCAAUAAGGACCGGCGAAUCAGAAAAGAGCCUGAAAAUGCCUCAAACACAUGACCAGGCGUAGUUUGCCCUGCGGCUUGUCUGACAGGAAGACCAGUUUCCCUCUCCAUGAGAUUUGUAACACAGCUACGGCUGAUUAUUCACCUCAGGAACAAAAUUAUGUUUAUGUUUUGAAUGUGCUAGACGACAGUAAGGCUGAGCCCAACUGUUGACGCCUGUAAAUUAACGCCUCAAGUUUUUGUAAUAAAUGAUUUUUUGCUCAAUUUAAGACGAGUAUUUUUCCUCUUCUUGUGCUUAUCAGGGUGUUUAAAGGUGAUGACAGGAAGAAACCAACCCAGACACUGAUCACAUCUGCAAAUCCAAACCUUUAAUUGUGGUAAAAUCGGAAUAGUUGCACAGAUUAUUUAUUUAUUUAUUUUUUUUUAUUUUUUUUCGUGCAGUGCUCUUCGUGCACACUUGCUAAACUAAUACAUAAAGCAAAUACUAACUACCAGGCUGGUGCUUCUGCUAGAUCACGUCGAGCGGUCUGGCCAAUCAGUGAUGAAGACAGCACUGGACUCCCAAAGUCUCUUAAAUCCACCCGCUAAAACAACAGUCAUUCAGAAACACACCUCCACUUUUUUUUUUUUAUUAUUAUUUAGAUUGCAGUCUUUUUUUAAACAGAGAAAGUCACAACAAGGUUGUUCUUGUGCAAUUAGUUUGCUCAAAAAAAAAGGAAAAAAAAAAAAAACAUUUUAAAAAAAGUCAAUUUUUUUUCCUGACUGGCCAGAAACUCUCCUGUGACAGCAUCAAUGCACUUGUUGCCUGAAAAUAUGCAAAUCACAACAACGUAGCAAUAGAACCACAGUCAAUUCUGCGUGAUGGAGACUUUAAAGACGGCCACUUGCCAAACAUUCACAACAAGGGUAUUAACAAGAAGAGGGAGAAGGGGAGUUACGAUUCCAAAAUAAUAAUAAUAAAAAAAAAGUCACUAAAAAGUAAAACUGACUUGAAGAGAAUCUGGAUACUUUUUUUGUACUGCAUGUUACUUUUUUCUUAUUUUAUUUUUUUUUACAAAAUGGUCUUUAAUCAUAACAUUUUAUUAUUUUUAAUCCAAACCUUGGCAUAUUUGGAACUUAUUCAAAUCCAUUUGCCAAUCGGAGAUCGUUUUAUGCUAAUAUUAGCGACGGAGCCUGUCGCACAAACAGGUUUAUGGAUCAUAAAUAUGACUUAAGGUAACCUGUGCGGGGUGUUUCAAUUCAUAUGUCACGGUAACGUGUAACACGACCACCAGUGUUUCAUUUAGACGCGGUACUUGAAACAAUUUUGACCAUCAACAAUGGAGGAUAUUUUGUGUUUAGAAUUUUUGUGAUUACAAUAAAGAGGCCCUGGCCAAGACUUUUAAUAUUAACAGAUGGUGAUGGUAAUAAAUUAUCACUUUGGUUUUAGGGUGAUCCUGAAGGAAAAGGUAAAGGGAUUUCUUCGGAGGGACCUGAACGCCUCACAGGCUCCCAUUUUAAGUAUGGAAAUAAUAAACCAGAGCGAUUUUGGCACUCUUCAAAAGAAAGCAGAAACCAGCACUUCCUGUUACAGUGACAUAAUGAGUGUGAAACCCCCACUCAUUGCAUCUUUAUUUAUUUUUUUAACAUUAAAAAGCUCACACUACCCCAGAAAAAUAGAGAUUUCUUUUUUUUUUGUCUCCACUCAUACCAAUGACAUUCAACAUUCAAGUGCCAGUGUUUUUGUUUACUGUCUUUUGGUCAAGUCACUUUGUAAAACAUCAACUUUAUGUAUUUAGGCUUACAAAAAUAAACAUAUCGCCCCAAAAAUGCUUGAUAAAUUACACAAACUAGCAGCGAAAGUAGACUCAGGAACGCGGCAAAACAGUUGAAUCCUACAGUUGCUGUUGACUAGAGCUCCACCUGGUCCCAUGAAAAAAACAACAAAAAAAACAAAGAAAAUAAAAAGUUAAAGUAAAAACGGUUUCCUAUCUGGAAGGACCUUUCCUUACAACAAACACAAACCACAUGAAACUGUGGGCAAACCUCACCUGGCUGCGCUACACGACGGAUACCUUCAGUCGGAAAACCUCUCAGAGGCGUGAAGGACGUGUGCUACAUAAGACUCAACACAAACGAGCGUUAACCAAACAGUAUUUUCUGCAAAACUCUGUUGGCGAUUUAAAGUCAUUUUACAACAGGGAGGCCUGCAGGCCGCAGCAAUGGGAGCAUAGCACCAUUAAUUGUUCUUCAUGUCUUUUAAAAAAAAAAGCACUCCUGCGAAUAACUUAGAGAGCACAGAGUCAUCAGCGUAAAUGAUGAGCGCGUCAGGAACAAACAGCCUUCUGCUCCUUUAGGGCUGGGUAUUCACCACUAAUAUAAGGCAUCGAUGGGUUUUAGAAACGACAAUAAAAAAUUAAAGUGCUGGAUUUGGAAAUGAGAAGGGUUUUAGUCAAAAAAAGAAAAAAAAGGACAGUAGAGUGUGCUUGAAAUGAUCUGGAUAAAUUAGCUAUAUUCAUAUCUUACGCGCGCACUCGGUAACAGGGUGUGGGGGGAGGAAAUAAAUGCCUACAAUGGAUUCUGCAUAGGUACAGGUCAAGAGUAAACUCACAAUACUUGUACAUGUUGCAAUAACUGCAGUUAGCAUGUUAGCAUGCUAGCAGUUUAAAAUUAGCAAGCAAUACAACACGGGAUUUGCAGGUGUUUAAAUCUUUUAAAGUGCUAGACGUGUCGGUAGUAGUGCCGUAAACGAUAGCAAGCCACUAAGAGUCGGCCUUGUACGACUCCGAUUGGGACUAUAAAGAAGAAUGACCAAAGGUUCCUGAAGAAACGUGCCUAGAAAGCCAAGAAUCUGUUCAAGAUGGAACCAUUAAUGGCAUAAAAUAAUUUUGCACGCUUGAGCAGCACCAGAAUUAAUUUGUGCCUGAUUUGCGUCUGAAAGAGCUUGUGCCAAAUGGCUGCUUCAUCGUAGCGCGAGUGCAAAACCUACCAGUACUGAAAUUCAUUGAACUUUGUCAAGUGGCGACACAAAGAAACUAAUUUAUUUAUUUAUUAUUUUUGUACAAAAAGGCAUUAAAUGAGGCCCACCAGCUUUGAAGAUGGCGAGCUCUCUAAAUGCCCCUCUGGUUGUUGCGAUCGUACCUUGAGGUAGUCAAUCUGUGACAUUCACAUGCAGAGAAAUAACAUUUACACACCUACAGUUUCAUAUUGAGAGAGCAAUAGUUUGGACGUCGUAUCCAACUGAAAACAUACCCAGCCCUAACCAAUGUGUGAGUCAGUAAUUCAGUCAUUACAAGGCACUAUGCACAUUUUGGAAAGUGGACAGUCCGUUAGCACGCAGCGUGCUAACAGUUUUAUUUAAAUGUAGCAAAAUAAUAAUAAUAAAAAAAGUUUGAAACUAAAAAUCAAGAAAUCUGAGUACAUAAUCUGAGCAAGCAACAGAACCUUGUUUCACUUUGGUAGAAAUUUGAGUGCCAAGCAGAAUUAAGGUUUGCGAUUCGGGGCACAGUGGUAGUGAAGCAUUGCUCUAGCUUGAUUUAUUUGGUAAAUGCAACUAACAGUGAAUUUUUGCUCAUGAGACGCACAUGCAUUGCAUAUCCGACUUCUAUUGGACAGGAGUGGCCUAUAAACAUAAACGCUAAACAUUUAACUCCCACUGUUUACAAUUUAAAUAAAAUAAAAAAAAACAUAUCAAAACAUGCAGCUGCCAACAAAGUGCUUUUUCCUUCAUUGCCCCCUAGUGGUCAGUAGAAGGCACAGCAGCUUCUAGAACCUGCACUGUACUCAAUCAGGGGACGUGAUCCAAGCAUUAAAACGGUAACACAGAAGUUUAAAGAACGUCUGCUUGGAUGCAGCAGCCGCUUUGGAUUCAAGUAAACACCAACGGUAUCCCUACUCCGACAGUAAAUAUAUCAACAGUAACACCGCUCACAGCAAGGUCAAAGUUCGAGGUUGGUAGUGGAGGAUAUUUCCAACAGCUCAAUAGUGGUUCAGUUCUGGGAAUUUCAUUGUUGUGGAAGACAAGGGUCGAAGUCGGGCAGCUGCAUGACAAAACCUCUGCACGUCCAGGUGGCGGCUAAAUGACUGGACAUACAACGGGAAGAGUUCUGUUCACGCGGGUUAUCUUAAACUUGAUUGUCAUUAGCAACUUAUUGUACCUUUACGGAUUCUAUCUCGGUGCUGGUUAUUUGCUGAAGAAAUUUAAAAUGGAGACUAUCAACCAUUGCUGCAAGAAAAACAAAACCCUGAUAGGCUAAAAACAUCGGAGCAUACCAAGUGAUCGGCGCUCUUAAUUUAAUCAGACUUCAUUAAGGUCCAUUUAUCUUUGACAAAUGAAGCCGAGAAUGCAACUUAAAUUUGUUUUUUUGUUUGUUUGUUUUUUUUAUUUAAUAAGUGGCUAUAAAGAGCAACUAAUAAGACACGGCGGAGUGCGACGUUGCAUCCUGUAACGGCUGUCCUCUAUUCUCAGUGGAAAACUCUUCGUUUAUCGUGAUAAAGCCAACUAGUUUCCAUUACAUCCCGGCAGAACAGAUGUGAGGGAACUGGAGCUAAAGAAUUACACGUUUAAAAGAAACUGAAGAAAAAUAAGACAAAAAUAAAAACAAAACAUGUCUGGUGUUUAUUACUAAAGCCUGCUUUAGAUUUAGAGCAGUCUGCUCUGCAUUUUUAACUCCUUGACCAAAAAAACAACAACACUUGCAUAUGUUUUAUUGUCUUGGUCCGACUUUGUCAGAGGCAGUGGGCAAUUUAAGAAGUUAUGAGCGCAAAUUAACGAGUUAUACUGCUGGAAACGUUACUCAUCUCCGUCUACUGCAGCUCUGAACAAAGCUUCCCAGACGCAGUCUGGUCCAUGUUGAGUGAUCCGAGUUUUACACGCCUCUAAUCCGUCACAUUUUCUGUGGAAAUCCCUCUGGUUUCGCUUCAAGUUUUCAACUAUUUACAUGUUUUUGUUUUUUUAAAUCAAGUAAACGAAGUGCUGAUAAUGUCUGUGCAGAGUCGGCUUUCUCCUUGAGAUUUCCUUCUGCGACAGAGCCAAGCAGGACUUCCCCAGGAAUGCCGCUUUUCCACCAGCACAUUUUAGCAGCUCUGGUUCAGACUGCUUUAACUUUGCCAGUUAAAGCAGGGUUAAGGUUUAGUGGAUACUUCAAUAGAAAAAAAAAGCCUCAAAAACAAGGUGAGAAUGUUUUUAACCAGGUGGUACCUCUAUAAGAUGGUGGAAAGAUGUAAACCAAGUAGCUCAGUUUGGACAAAAAGUCAGUAAGGUAUGUACUCUCUUUGUACAUGUGGCUAUAAUGUGCUCUGGAAAUGCAGCAUUUCAUUAUCUGGAAGCCCCAGUUGUCACUACAGUAAAAAAAAAAGAAAA